AGUCCUGCCCAGGCCCAAUUCCUAUUCCGUCACUACCUUCAUCAGUGUCGGUCUCGGGCUUCGGCAAACGAUUAAAACAAAGCUUCCCAGGCUACAUACUGAAACGGAGAAGUGCACCAUACAGACCCCGCUAUGGAACCUCCCGCCAACACCAACCCGCCGGGCACAAACGAUGCCCUCACCGAAUCCGAACCUGCUGCCAGCGACGGCGGACGCCCGACCCAGCGCUGGACCGUGGACGGGUACCCAAUCGUCGACGGCAAGUACCUCGACCUCUCCGCGGGCGAGCUCAAGACACACGUGGCUGGUGUGGACCAGUUCAGGGGCGGCCCGCCGUCGGUCUCGGUCUACUGGCAGAACCGACUGGCCUCGGGCCGUGGUGACCAGUUCCUGGUAAUUGCCAAGGUCGUCACACACGUGAGGGACCUCACCGAGUACCUGGCGCGCGUUGGUACCUUUCUGGGAAAGGGCCUGUGCAAGGUAUGCUCGUUGAAUGCGACGCGCUAUGAGGUGUAUGUGGUUGUGUCGUCGGAGCUGUCCGAGGGGGGAUUUCGGGAGGCUUUGGCGAAGGAUGGGCUUUUGUAGUAGGAUGUUGUCCCAUUUUGAUUUAGUUGUAUGUGGCGGAUGAGCCGGCGCUAUAUGUGGGAGAGUGCGAUAUUCUAAUAUCACCUGAAGUCGAUCUAAUACGUGAUAACAAGUGACUCUAUUAACAGCCUA